AUGGCUUCUUCAUGUGUGCAACAUCUAUCACCUUUCAUAAGUCGUCGAAUGGUGCGUUUAUUGCAAUACGUUGUUGUUAUUGGCUGUAUGGUGUUGGUUUACACGGUAUUUAUUGCUCCUCGAUUAUCGCUGAAUCGCUUCUCUCCUCUACAAAUGGAACAACGUCCACUAGAAGAUGGCGCUGAUCCAUUUGCGAUGUAUAAAAAUUUGGAAAAGAAAGAUUGGCAGGAUUAUGAAGCAAUAGCGAAAGACAAGGAACGUAAGGGACCAGGAGAAGGGGGUGUACCGGUCGCGAUUCCGUCUGAUGCAGAACUGAAACAAAAAAUUGAUGAAUUGUAUCGAGCAAACGGAUACAAUGCGUAUGUGAGCGAUUUGAUUGCUUUGAAUCGUUCCAUCAAGGAUAUACGACAUAAAGAUUGUAAGAAAAUCAAAUAUCUUGAGAAAUUACCGUCAGUUUCAGUGAUAUUCCCAUUCCACGAUGAGCAUAAUUCGACGCUAUUGAGGAGUGCAUAUUCGGUGAUCGAACGAUCACCAAAAAAUGUGCUAAAAGAGAUUAUUUUGGUUGAUGAUGCAAGCACGAAGCCGUUCUUGAAGGAACCGCUUGACAAGUUUCUCAAGGAUGCGGGUAUUGAUCAUAUUGUCAAAGUGGUUAGAACAAAAGAACGAGAAGGACUGAUACGUGCUCGACAAAUCGGUGCCCAGCACGCAACUGCAGAUAUAAUGGUUUUCUUGGACGCACACUCAGAACCAAACUACAAUUGGUUGCCUCCUCUAAUUGAACCAAUUACUCUUGAUUACAGAACAGUGGUAUGUCCAUUUGUUGAUGUGAUCGACUGUGAUACGUUUGAGUACCGAUCUCAAGAUGAGGGUGCGCGAGGAUCAUUUGAUUGGGAAUUCAACUACAAACGUGUUCCACUGACAGACGAAGACUUAAAGCAUCCCACACGACCGUUCAAGAAUCCUGUGAUGGCGGGCGGCUAUUUUGCCAUCAGUCGUAAAUGGUUCUGGGAAUUGGGCGGUUAUGAUGAAGGACUCGAUAUUUGGGGAGGUGAACAAUAUGAAUUAUCAUUUAAGGUUUGGCAGUGUCACGGUACUAUGUUAGACGCGCCGUGCUCUCGUGUCGGUCACAUCUAUCGUUGCAAAUACGUUCCAUUCCCGAAUCCGGGAAAGGGUAAUUUUAUAGCACGUAACUAUAAAAGGGUUGCCGAAGUCUGGAUGGAUGAAUACAAGGAUCACUUAUACAAAAGAAGGAUUGGAAUGCGCGAAGAAGAUGAAGGCGAUCUAACGAAACAAAAAGGCAUUCGUGAACGCUUAAAAUGCAAGUCAUUCGAUUGGUUCAUGAAAGAGAUCGCUUUCGACCAGGACAAAUAUUAUCCAGCUGUCGAGCCGCCAGAUACUGCCAAUGGUGAAUUACGCAACGUAAAAGCACAAAAAUGUGUUGAUACACAGUUUCGUGGUAAAGAUGAACGUUUUGAAUUACGUCAAUGUAUAAGUGACGAUCCAUCUGGAGGUGGAGAGCAAAAUCUAAGACUGACUUUUUGGUAUGAUGUUAGACCGACGGGCCGUUCAAUGUGUUUCGAUGUUUCGACAUCAGUGAGAAAAGCUCCUGUUGUUUUGUUCGCAUGUCACGGUAUGAAAGGUAAUCAAUUGUUCAAAUACCUACCCAAAAGUCAGCAAAUGUAUCAUGUGAUCAGUAAUAGCUGUAUGGACUGUGAUGCGGAUCGUGGUGAGAUCUUUAUGGAGCCUUGUGAUGUAAGUAAAGAAACGCAACGAUGGGAAUGGACUUUUCUGAAUGUAACUUUAGCCGAAGAGAGAAAUAAAAAUGUGAAACUUUGA